CGUUAUGAUUGGUUACAAUUUUCUGAUUGUAAUAAUGCGAGCAGCUGAUUGGUGUUAUAUUUACACAUAUACAUUUGCACCAAUUAUCACGCAGUUUGUAAACGGAAACAAACCAUGUGCUAACAUGGCGAUUUUUCAUCGUUCUUCGUAUGUCGUUUGAUAAUUAUUGCGUGGCUGUUAUGGGAAUUUGGUUUAAUCGUGCAAUAUUUUAUCUUUUUGACACAUUUUCUUUGUUUUGUUCAAAAUAAUUACAUCGGGGAAAAAUGAGUGUCGAUGCUUAUGGACCGAGCUCACAAACACUCACGUUUUUGGAUACUGAGGAAGCGGAUCUUAUUGGGGCUGAUACUCAGGGCUCGGAAUUCGAAUUCACCGACUUCACCCUUCCAUCUCAGAGCCAAACACAGGCUUCCCAACAUGAUCAUGGCUUGUCAUCUUCAAAUCAGGUGAACGGUUUAGGUCGUUCUGAUUUGUCAUCCAAAGUGUCCAAUGUGACGAAUGCAAUAGCAGAAUUGCAAUUUGAGGAAGAAGAUGAAGCCUUGUACAGCAAGGAGUUGCCUGACCACGCGUGCAAAUACUGUGGCAUACAUGAUCCGGCCACUGUUGUCAUGUGUAAUAUUUGCAACAAAUGGUUCUGCAAUGGCCGUGGGAACACCUCCGGCUCACACAUUAUCAACCAUUUGGUUCGUGCCAAGCACAAGGAAGCCGCUUUGCAUAGAGACGGCCCACUUGGGGAGACAUUGCUGGAAUGCUACUCAUGCGGUGCCAGGAAUGUAUUUGUUCUUGGCUUUAUACCAGCUAAGGCGGAUUCUGUUGUUGUAUUGCUUUGUCGUCAACCAUGUGCAGCUCAAAGCUCCUUGAAGGACAUGAACUGGGACCAAGAGCAAUGGAAACCUUUGAUCUCUGACCGAGCCUUUCUAUCUUGGCUGGUGAAAGUACCUUCUGAGGCAGAGCAGAUGAGAGCUCGUCAGGUGACUCCCCAGCAAAUAGGACGCCUUGAAGAGCUGUGGCGAGACAAUGUGGAUGCCACCUUCCAAGAUUUGGAGAAGCCUGGCGUAGAUGAGGAGCCUCAUCAAGUACUUUUGAGAUAUGAAGAUGGUUAUCAAUACCAGAACAUCUUUGGUCCUCUGGUGAAGUUAGAAGCUGAUUAUGAUAAGAGGCUAAAGGAGUCUCAGACUCAAGAAGGCAUUGAGGUCCGUUGGGAUGUCGGUCUUAAUAAGAAAACCAUUGCAUACUUCACCCUGGCUAAGACAGAUAGUGAUAUGAAGUUGAUGCAUGGAGAUGAGCUUAGACUGAGAUAUGUAGGUGAGCUGCAUAAAGCGUGGUCGGGUGUGGGUCACGUGAUCAAGGUGCCGGACAACUAUGGCGAUGACGUCGGCCUUGAACUGAAAAGCGGCGCCGGCGCACCGCUCGAUUGCACCUCCAACUUUGUUGUUGACUUCAUUUGGAAAAGUACUUCAUUUGACAGGAUGCAACUCGCUUUGCGCAAGUUCGCUGUGGACGACUCCUCUGUGUCUGGCUACAUCUAUCGUCGCUUAUUAGGACACGAAGUGGAAGAGGUUUUGUUCCGUGUUCACUUGCCAAAGCACUUUAGUGCUCCCAACUUACCCGACCUUAACCGAUCUCAGGUCUAUGCAGUUAAGCAUGCGCUACAGCGUCCACUUUCUCUAAUUCAAGGCCCGCCCGGUACGGGAAAAACAGUGACGUCAGCCACGAUCGUGUACCAACUGGUGAGACAGAACAGUGGACCAGUACUCGUCUGUGCUCCAUCCAACACCGCCGUCGACCAGCUCACUGAGAAGAUCCAUAGAACUGGUCUAAAGGUCGUCCGACUUUGCGCCAAGUCUCGAGAAGCUAUGGAGUCGUCGGUGUCAUUUUUGGCACUCCACGAGCAAGCUAGGGCCUUAGGCUCCGCUGACAGCGAACUCAGGAAGCUGACCAGAUUGAAAGAAGAAGCUGGGGAGCUGUCCGCGGCGGAUGAGAGAAGGUACCGCGCACUGCGACGCGCCGCUGAGAGGCGACUGCUGGACGCCGCCGACGUCGUGUGCACCACGUGCGUGGGUGCAGGGGACCCGAGGGUCGCGCGCAUGCGCUUCCAGUCCAUACUCAUUGACGAGGGCAUGCAGUCCACCGAGCCCGAGUGUAUGGUGCCCGUGGUACUGGGCGCCCGGCAACUGAUCCUCGUGGGUGACCACUGCCAGCUGGGCCCCGUGGUCAUGUGCAAGAAGGCAGCUAAGGCUGGCCUCAGCCAAAGUCUUUUCGAACGUUUGGUUGUCCUCGGUAUCCGUCCAUUCCGUCUUGAAGUCCAAUAUCGGAUGCAUCCUGAACUAUCGCGUUUCCCCUCUGACUUCUUCUAUGAAGGUUCUCUCCAAAAUGGAGUUAGUGCUGAAGAACGUCGUUUGCAUAAAAUUGACUUCCCAUGGCCGAGACCCGAUCGUCCAAUGUUCUUCUACGUAACACAAGGUCAAGAAGAAAUUGCUGGUUCUGGCACAUCCUACUUGAACAGAACUGAAGCUGCUAAUGUGGAAAAGCUGACAACACGGUUUUUGAAAGCAGGCGUACGACCGGAACAGAUUGGUAUUAUUACUCCUUACGAGGGUCAACGAUCAUACCUCGUUCAACACAUGCAGUAUCAAGGCAGCUUGCAUGCCAAACUUUACCAGGAGAUAGAAGUGGCUAGCGUAGACGCUUUCCAAGGUCGAGAAAAAGAUAUAAUUAUCAUGUCUUGCGUCCGUUCUAACGAGCACCAAGGCAUCGGUUUCCUGAGCGAUCCACGUCGUCUGAACGUAGCAUUGACUCGCGCUAAGUACGGGCUCAUAGUUGUCGGCAACCCGAAAGUGUUGAGUAAACAGCCAUUGUGGAAUCAUCUGCUUGCCUUCUACAAGGAACGUCGAGUCCUCACCGAGGGCCCACUUUCGAACCUGAAAGAGUCCGCCAUCCAGUUUGCGAAGCCAAAGAAGUUGGUGAACGCACAGAACCCGGGCUCGCACUUCAUGUCGACGUCGAUGUUCGACGCGCGCGAGGCGAUGGUGCCGGGCUCGGUGUACGACCGCGCGCGCGCGCUGCGCGACCCGCUGGCCUACGUGGGGCCCGAGCGAGCCGCGCUGCUGCACGCGCCCGUGCCGGCCGCCGCGUUCUCUGCGCACCGCGGACUGCGCGCGCCGCCCGCGCCCGCGCCGCGGCCCGCGCGCCGCCGCCCGCCGCGUCUCAGCCAGGAGCCGCUGUCGCAGCAGCCCCCGCUGUCGCUGUCGCAGGGUGCCUCCCAGCCGGACUUCAGCCAGGAGUCGGCGGCCCCCGACUGCCCGUCGCAGCCCGACGGGCUGUUGUCGCAGGACUCCACGUACCAGGGCGGGUUCCGAGCGCGCUGUAGCCAGUACUGAGAGCGCCGGGCGGACCGCCGCGGGGCCGCGCCGCAACAGCCGACCUCACUCCUCCGGGGUGGAGAUCCACGGUACUGACGACAGACGCCGAUGCGCACCGACACCUGACCGACGACAAUCUCAACUCGGGUGUAGAGACAGACAGAGGCUUCCCCGUAGUACGUUGCGACCGCGGGGUUGAAUCGGUUGCGCCGGCGGCGGAAUCCGACCGCGACUUUGUUAGUCUUCGCCCAUCGACCGUAUUGAAGAGUGAAAACUCAAACUUAGAAAUUGUGUCACGCGCGGAGCAUACUUGGGCAACAAGUAUCGUUGUCGAAGGUAAAUUGUAACCGUUCCAUUACAGGGAUACAAAUUUUAUAGAAUGUUGAAACUAAGAACACCGGUUUUACGGCAAGGGUUUAAUCAAAACAAAGCCGGCUCUUUGACCGAAUUGGUCGAAUCGUAAAAUAAAUUUCAUUAGACACGUAUGCACCAAAAAUCGACAUUACUAUAAACUUGUUGCUAUCCUAUAAUUAUUACACGCGUUACUAUUUAACAAAUAGAAACGAGUAGACAAUGACCUCUCGAAGAUAAAUCACAGUGGCUAGAAUAUAAUUCUGAUAGCUUUAACAAUGUAACUGUACACUAAAGAAAGGGGAUAGCUAAUUAUGUGAAACAUAUGUAAAAGCGACGUCCUGUAAACAUAUUAGAAUUCAAACAUUGGAAAAAAUACGCUACUUAUUUGGUGUUAAAAUUGAUGUCUUUAAUACUAAUUCUUUUAAGAAUUUACUCUUUAUUUAAAGCUUGUUUUCUCGUUUCUAGGUGUAUUAUUAGCGAAUCGCGACGUACAAAAAUUUCUGUACUCGAAGCAAAUACCAUCUCAGUUCGCAUGGUAGAAUUUGAAAUUCAUGUUUUUUUUUACAUUAUAAAACUUUGGAAAUGUUAAGCCAGUUAGUCAAGAUUUAUAAUUUGUUAGGCGACACAGUUAUUUCUAGUAAUGGUUUGUUUUCGUCGUAGGGAAAUUCACAUCUUCAUAUGUAACUUCAUUAUCAUUGACGAUAUCAAACAGUGUCAGAUCUACAUGUUAGACAAGCAAUAUCAAUGUUAAACGGGGCUAUAUUGUUUUUCCUUCCCAUUCAACUUUCAUUCAUUCUUCUUUCUUUUCUGACUAAGCUGCUCUUGACAAAAAACUUGGAGUGUACUCCUAUAACAUAAUUAUGGCUGUUAUAUGUACAAAUUGUAAAAUUUGCUGUAAAUUACUAUGCUUUCCAUCAUCCAGGAAUUUCUUAAAUUAUUGUUAAUACAAAGCUCUCAACCAAACAUUCCUCAAAAUUAUUUUCUAUGUUUAUUUAUCAUUUUUCUAUUGUCUAAAUACUGUUAAAGAUUUACCAAUCAAAUGUCUUCAAUAUGAGUAAAAAGUAUUGAAAACAAGUAGGUACUGUGGAAUAAGGAUUUUUGUCUAUUUCUGUUGUAUGAUAAUAUAUUACCUGUUAUUAUGUUAAAUGAAACUGUCUUAGAUAGUUACAUACAUUUUUGUUUGUGAAGGAAAAUCAAUAAAGAAUGUCAUAAAUA